GCUUCAGUUCCUCUUAGAUCAAAGAAAAGUUCUGAGGUUGCUAAAGCUUUUAGAAAAAUAUAUGGUAAUCGAAAUAAUCCAUUGACAUGGCCAAAGCUUUUACAAUAUGAUGGGGUCAUGAAUUUAUGGAAAUGCAAGCAUGGUCAUAUUUGGGUGGCAUCAUAUCGUAUUAAAUAUGAUAAAACUUGGUGUGCAAAAUGUGGACAGGAUAAAACUAGAUUAAAUAUUUCAGUACCUAAAGAAAUAGCUCAAAAUAGAAAUAGAAAAUAUAUAUCUGACACUUAUAUUAGUAAUCGAAGUCCAUUAAUAUGGGAAUGUGAAAAAUCACAUCAGUGGGUGCAAACAUUAACAAAUAUUAGAAAGGGGUAUUGGUGUCUAUACUGUUCGGGUAAUGCACUACUCUCUCUUGAAAUUGCAAAACAAAUUGUGUUAUCUAGACAUAGACAAUUAAAAAAUAAAGGUCAAUGGUGUCCAACAUGUGCUGGGUAUAAAAAACAAUCAAGGAUAUAUGCAGAUAUGCUAAGUCACAAAAUGAAUGUUUUAAUUUAUAAAUCUUGGUGCCCAUUUUGCCAAAAAUUCAAACGUAAAAAUUUAUGUCGAGAAAUUGUAACAAAAUUAUUAGGCUCAUCAUCAUCUAAAAUAUGCAAGUUUAAUUUUUUAAAAACACGAGAAUAUCCAACUAGAUUAGAACUUGAUAUUCCAUAUUAUGACUUAGGUUUCACGAUCGAAGUGCAGGAAGAACAACACUGGUAUCGAAUCAAAUUCUUUCAUCUAAAACCCGGAGAUUUUGAAAAACAAUUAGAACGAGACUACCUCAAAAGAGAUCUUUGUGAUGAAAAUGACAUAUAUCUCUUUUAUGUGUGGUAUGAUGAUGAAGAUCCAGAAAAGACUAUCCAAGAUGAACUAUGGGUACUAGGACUUAUCAAUUAA